GCAAGACUAAAGAAGAAUAAAUACUCUGCUUUCUGGUGGCAAGGAGUAAUGAUCGCCGGACAUAGGCAGGCAGAGAAAGAUGACGAUGACGAUGAGUGACAAACAGGCGGCCCAUAAAGUUUCAGGAUCUUGGAAAAUCAGCUACAGCUUCCAUUUACUUGUAGCACUGCCAGUGGGCAUCUUCCUCAUUCUGGCAUUUUACUCAACCAGUAGAGAGAGCCAGUUGGUGGCGGAAGAAGAUCAUCGCCGCCGGCCAAACAAAGACGGUGCCGGUGGCGGCAAUGGGUGCGACUUGUUUUCAGGCAAAUGGGUGCUUGACAAGGAGCCUAAUUUUUAUCCUCUGUAUAAAGAGCAAGAUUGCUCUUUCAUUCAUGACGGGAUAGCUUGCGAGAAGUUCGGCAGGAAGGAUCUCAAGUAUCAGCAAUGGCGGUGGCAGCCUCAUGACUGUGAUCUCCCAAGAUUCAAUGCCACAGCAAUGCUGGAGCGGCUAAGGAACAAGAGGCUCGUAUUUGUGGGGGAUUCAAUUAACAGAAAUCAGUGGGUUUCAAUGGUCUGCUUGGUCCAGUCUCCCAUCCCUCCCGCGCUCAAGUCCGUGCACCUCAAUGGCUCCUUGAUCACCUUCAAGGCGACUGAAUACAAUGCAACAAUUGAUUUCUACUGGGCGCCGCUGCUGGUGGAGUCUAACUCCGACGAUCUCUUCCACCACCGCAUCGCCGACCGGAUCGUCAGAGCCGAGUCGAUAGAGAAGCAUGCCCGGAGCUGGACUGACGCGGACAUUCUCGUGUUCAAUUCCUAUCUGUGGUGGAGACGGCCUAAAUUGAAGGUCUUGUGGGGAUCAUUCGGAAGUGGAGAUGGAAUAUACAAAGAGGUGGAGAUGUUGCGUUCGUAUGAGAUGGCUCUGAGAACAUGGGCGGAUUGGUUAGAGUUUCAUGUUAACCGCAGCAAGACCCAGCUCUUCUUCGUUACCCUGUCCCCCACUCACAACAGGGCUGACGAAUGGGGCAAGCCGCCAAACCACAAGUGCAACAAUGAAACAGAGCCAAUCGCAGAAGAGGGACACCAGGGGAUGGAUUCAGACCCUCAAAUGAUGAAGAUUCUAGAAUCAGCCAUUGGUGAACUGGGAAGCAGAGGGUUGAAGGUUCAAAUGUUGAACAUAACCCAGCUUUCAGAGUAUCGCAAGGACGCCCACCCAUCCAUCCAUUCCAAGAAAUGGGGCCCCGAGGAAAUAUCAAACCCUGUUCGUUUUGCGGAUUGCACCCAUUGGUGUCUUCCUGGAGUGCCUGAUGUCUGGAAUCUCAUCCUCUAUGCCUACAUUUUUGGUUCUUGAUUGGAUGCUUCAGUCGGCUCGCUAUUUCUGUUGUUGAUUAUAAUUUAUAUGCUGAAGAUUGAACCCAAAUUCAUCUUCUUGUC